UGAGAAUUAAAAUAGUAUAGAAUUAGAGAUAAGAAUUGUAUUGAAGACCGAAGAAGAUUGCCAUGAAUUUAUUAUUGAAAAUAUCUUCUCUGCCUGACCUGAACUGAACUGGCUUGUUUGUUAUUCCAUGGAUCAUUUCUUUUUCCUUCAUCUCAUCCUGUUACUCUUCAACCUUAUCUCUUUCAGUUCUUCUUCAAAUCCAAAAUCUUCAAUUUCUUCUUCUUCUUCUUCAAUCAAAGACGAGAUAAUUAGGGUAGCUAAUGCUACAGAGAAUGUGGAGUGGCUAAAGAGGAUAAGGAGGGAGAUCCAUGAGUACCCAGAACUUGGUUAUGAAGAAUUCAAGACGAGUGCUGCGAUACGACGUGAGCUUGAUCGGAUGGGUAUUGGAUACCGAUGGCCUGUUGCAGGUACUGGUGUGGUGGCAACCAUAGGGUCAGGGUCUCCUCCCUUUGUUGCUUUAAGAGCAGAUAUGGAUGCUUUGCCAAUUCAGGAAUUGGUAGAGUGGAAGCACAAGAGCAAGAUAGAUGGGAAAAUGCAUGCCUGUGGGCAUGAUGCCCAUGUUACCAUGCUACUAGGUGCUGCAAAUAUACUGCAAGAAUUCAAGCACACAUUACAGGGAACUGUUGUUCUUAUAUUUCAACCUGCCGAGGAACUGGGCAGUGGAGCACGAAGAAUGAUUGAAGAAGGUGUACUCGAAAAUGUAGAAGCAAUCCUUGGGAUUCAUGUGUUUAAUCAUUAUGGAACAGGUACAGUGGCUACUCGGCCUGGAGAGUUUCUAGCAGGUUGUGGAUCCUUCAAAGCAGAGAUCAAAGGGAAAGGAGGUCAUGCAGCCUUGCCACAAAUGUCUAUUGAUCCCAUCCUGGCAGCCUCACAAUCUGUAAUUAGCUUGCAACAAAUUGUUUCAAGAGAAACAGACCCUUUACAGUCCCAGGUGGUGUCUGUAUCCUCAUUCCAAGCUGGAAGCGCCUUCAACGUUAUCCCAGACACAGCCAUAAUUGGUGGUACUUUCAGGGCAUUCAACAAGCAGAACCUCGAUUUGCUAAAGCAAAGAAUACAACAGGUUAUUACAGGGCAAGCAACAGUACACAGAUGCUCAGCUGUCAUAGACUUUCGUGAAGAGGAAGAUCCACUGAUUCCUCCAACUGUGAACAAUGAAAGAGUUUUCGGUAUCAUGCACCAUGUAUCAACUGAGAUUGUGGGAGACAACAACGCUCAUACUGCUCCUCGCUUCAUGGGUAGUGAAGAUUUUGCCUUCUACUUGGACAAGAUACCCGGAUCAUUUCUCCUCAUAGGUGUAGGGAAUGAAAGGGUGGGAUCAGUCUACCCUCCACACAGCCCUUACUUUACAAUUGAUGAGGACGUCCUCCCUAUCGGAGCUGCAAUACAUGCUGCAUUUGCACAUAAAUACCUCAUAAGUUCAACUCAGUAGAAAAUAUAUCAAUUUUUUUAAGUGUACAAAACCAAUUCUUUUGGUAAACUUAAUACAACAUUGCUCUCUCUC